GAAUUUGGAACAUCAGUUUAUAACUCUUCAUCUACCACAGUGUCUUCUCCCCGAGAAAGAAAGUUUCGCAACAAAAUCUGUGAACCAUCCAAUACAUUUACGUGCUUUAAUGGAGGUGAGUGUAUGCACUGGCAGAUGUGUGACUGUAGCCGAUACAAUGCAACUGGCUCAAGAUGUCAGAUAGUACACAACACAGGAGCAGAACGAGACAACAUUUGCCGGACGUGGGGACAAUAUCAUUAUGAAACCUUUGAUGGGCUCUACUACUUUUUCUCUGGGAAAUCUACAUACUGUCUUGUCAGACAGAGUGAACUGGAUGAACAGAGCUUUUCCAUACAAGUCCAUAAUGAUCCAGAAUGCACAUCAUCUCCCUAUACCUGUAAACGGUCCAUAAGUUUAUACUUUUCUGGAGAUGAAGAAAUUAGAUUAAGUAGUGAGGUCAUCUAUAAAGGAAUGAGAAUCCAGCUACCUUCUACCAUAGGGAACAUGUACAUCCAAAGACUAGCUGGAUAUGUCAUUGUUAGACACCAGUAUGCAUUCUCUCUGGCUUGGGAUGGUACAUCUGCUGUUUAUAUUAAGAUGGCUCCUGACUAUGUGGGCAAAACCCAUGGAUUGUGUGGUAACAACAAUGCUAUUCUGCAAGAUGAGCUUGCCACUAGUUAUGGAAAAAUUACAGAGGACAUUGAAGAGUUUGUUGAAAGCUGGAGAGAGAGCCUUCCGCAAGAGAAUAUCCUCUCCAGGGAUGCCUCCUUUAGUUAUGAGCCACCCUGUCUGAUUAAAACCCAAGCAUUUCUACAGAGGACAUACAUACUAUGCAGCAUCCUGCUGUGGCCCCCCUUCAAAGAAUGUCAUGAGUUUGUCAGCCCAUUUCCUUUUAUGGCCAGCUGCACAAAUGACCUGUGCAUGUCAGGAACUGAUAAUGCAACUUGGUGCCGAGCAUUGACUGAAUAUGCAAGAACAUGCGCUCAAGCAGGAAAACCUCUCCAUGAGUGGCGGGCCCAGUUUGAGCAAUGUGUUGUUAAGUGUGAGGAACACCUUGUAUACCAUGAAUGUAUUGACUGUUGCCCAGUUUCAUGCCCGCAAAAAAGUCACUGUGUUGGUAGUGAGCUUCCCUGUGUCGAUGGAUGUUACUGUCCAGAUGGACUUAUUUAUGAAAACAAAUUAUGUGUAAGACCUACUGAAUGCCCUUGUGAUUACCAUGGAACUGUUCACAGAUCUGGUGCUGUAGUUUAUGAGGAAUGCAACAAUUGUACAUGUGUUGGAGGCAAAUGGAUUUGCACAAAUCUUACCUGUCCAGCUGAAUGUUCUGUUUCUGGAGAUAUGCACUUCAUGACGUUUGAUGGACACAAGUAUACCUUUCAGGCUACCUGUCAGUAUAUUCUGGCAAAAAGUCGCACCUCUGGAAAAUUUGCUGUGAUUCUCCAAAAUACUCCAUGUGGGCAGAAUCAAGAUGGAUCAUGCAUCCAGUCAGUCAGUCUAAUUCUCAAUCAAGAUUCCAAGAGUCAAGUGACACUGACUCAUUCAGGAGAUGUUUUGAUAUCUGAUCAAUACAAGGUUAAUUUGCCUUAUAUUGAUGAUUCCUUUGAAGUAAAGAAACUUUCCUCUGUAUUUUUGCAAGUCAAGUCACAUAUUGGAUUACAGAUUCUUUAUGAUCAAGCCGGUUUGAGGCUCUAUCUUGAAGUUGAUGCUAGUUGGAAAGAUGAUACUGUAGGGUUGUGUGGAACUUUCAAUGGAAACACUCAAGAUGACUUUUUGUCUCCAGUUGGAGUGGCAGAAAGUACCCCUCAGCUUUUUGGAAAUUCCUGGAAAACUUCAUCAGCUUGUGUUGCUGAGCAUGGUAAUUCACCAAUGGAUCCAUGUGAUAUCCAUCUGCAAGCAGCUGCUUAUGCAACAGAAGUGUGCAGCAUCAUGACGAAAGAAGUCUUUGCCCCAUGCUAUUCCUAUUUGAGUCCUCUUCCCUAUUUUGAACAGUGUAGAAGAGAUACCUGUAAAUGUGGGCAGAUCUGCAUGUGCUCCAUUGUAUCCCAUUAUGCUCAUCUGUGCCACAGAUAUGGAGUGGAGAUAGACUUUCGCAGUAAUGUCCCUGAAUGUGCUCUUUCAUGUGAAGAUACAAUGGAGUACAGUGUCUGUGUAUCUACCUGUGGGAGAACUUGCCAAACGCUUUCUGUGCCAGAGACAUGCAAUGAUGAUUGUGUUGAAGGCUGCACCUGUCCCCCUGGAAUGUAUUUGAACAUCAAAAUUGACAGAUGUGUGCCACGAAAUGAGUGCCCCUGCUAUUUUCAGGGCAUUGACUACCCACCUGGAGAAAACAUAAUUACAUCUCUGGGAAAGUGCCGUUGUGAAGAUGGAAUAAUGAACUGUGAGGAAGUCGACACUGUUCACAACUGUCCAGAUGGCCAGAUCUAUGUAAACUGUAGUAAUCCACACACUAUGGAACUUGGCAGGGAAAGAACAUGUGAAAAUGAACUACUAAACCUCACUCUUUCUUCACAUCUUGCCUGUUUUUCAGGAUGCACUUGCCCUCAUGGCCUUGUUAAACACAGUGGUGAAUGUUUCAAGCCAGAGGAAUGUCCAUGUUCUUGGAAAGGCAAGGAAUACUUCCCUGGGGACAAAGUAAUUUCUUCUUGCCAUACAUGUGUUUGCCAUCAUGGAUCAUUUGAAUGUACUUUCUACCCCUGCCCAUCAAUGUGUACUGCGUAUGGAGAUCGCCAUUACAGAACUUUUGAUGGACUUUCCUUUGAUUAUGUUGGAAAUUGUAAGGUUUACAUGGUUAAGAGUUUCUCAAUUACUAGUUUUUCAGUCAUCAUAGAAAAUGUUAGUUGCUUUAAUACUGGAAUCAUUUGCAGGAAGUCUAUUUUCAUUAACAUUGGAAAAUCAUUCAUAAUAUUUGAUGAUGACACUGGAGAUCCGAGUUCAUUGAGUUUCAUAGACAAAUUACAACAAAUAUUUAUAUGGAAGGCUGGAUUUUUUACAAUUGUAUAUUUUCCUAAUGAACACAUCACAAUAAUGUGGGAUCAAAGGACAACUGUUCAUGUGGAAGCAGGGCCUCAGUGGCAGGGUGAGCUAACUGGGUUAUGUGGGAAUUUUGACUCCAAAACAAUAAAUGAAAUGAGGACUCCAGAAAAUUUUGAGUUGACCAAUGCACAAGAGUUUGGGAGUAGCUGGACAGCAGUAGAGUGUGUUGACAGCUCUGACAUUCAGCAUCCAUGCAUUUUAAAUCCACUCAGAGAACUGUUUGCCAAGAAGGAAUGUGGAAUACUGUUAAGUGAAGUGUUCGAAUCUUGCCAUCCAGUGGUUGAUGUCACUUGGUAUUACUCAAAUUGUUUGACAGACACAUGUGGUUGUAACCAGGGAGGGGAUUGUGAAUGUUUCUGUACAAGUGUCUCAGUCUAUGCACAUCAGUGCUGUCAACAAGGAGUUAUGGUAGACUGGAGAUCCCCUAGAUUGUGUCCUUAUGACUGUGAAUAUAUCAACAAAGUUCUGGGAAAGGGUCCUUACAUGCUGGUCAGCUACUUGGAUGGAAAAGUUGCACUUGGUGCCAAACUACUGGAUGGUUCUGUUUUUCAAGCAAGAAGAGAUUCCUUUGCUCCUGGGGAUGCAGUGAACUUCAUGCUGACAUCAGGGCUGUAUAAGCCCAAAGCACAUGAUCCAAGCUUGGUUUCAUUUGAAGCGGCUGACAGACCAAAUUACUUUCUUUCUUUAGUUUCCAAUAAUACACUGGUUCUUUCUAAGUGGGAACGAAACGAGAGUUUUCAGAAUAGAUCAACAUUUGCUAUCCACAAAAACACGUGGCUUUCAGGAUAUAGUUCCUUUGAAUCAUUUGCAGUGCCUGGAGCCUUUAUCCACAUUUCAGCGUCAUCUGUGAAUGUUGUAAAGUACCAUCACUCUGAGGCUUUCAGACUGUCGACUCUUUUUGAACUUGUAGAUACCAAGUUAACAUUUCUAACCCAUUCAACGUGCGAAUGGCGCUAUGAUGUUUGUACAAGCCCAUGUUUCAAAACAUGCAGAGAUCCUUUGGCAGAACACUGUCAGACUGUACCAAAAGUAGAAGGAUGUGUUCCUAUGUGCCCUCUGAAUAUGGUCCUGGAUGAAGUCACUCAGAGAUGUGUCUAUUUUGCAGAUUGCAUUGAACCCACAGCUGAUGUACGGAUACCACCCUCCACUUUUGAGACCCAUACAACUUCUGAGGCUCAUCAAACCUCUAUAGCAAAGCUGAGUGAAAAAGCAUCUUCUUCUCCAAGCCCAGCAUCAAAAGACAGAGCAACAACCCAUGCAUUCACAGAAGCAACCUUUUCUACUCCUCUGUUACGAAAUAUUACAGUUCUAAUGACAUCUAAUAUUUCAACCCACACAACCUUUGAUAAAAGUACAAUUCCAGUGUCUUCACCGCUAGUGUUGAAUGUUAGCUUCCCUUCUGCAGCUGUUGUUACUCUAUCAGCAAGUACUGUAGGUACAGGCACUUUGCCUAGUAAACAGACGAGUAGUAGUACAAUACCUUCAGCCCUUUUAACAUCUGUGAUCACUGAAGCAGAAAGCAAAAUUCAGACUACUAUUAUGACUCCAUCCGUCAUUCCAGAUUUUAGUUUACCUGCCACAGCUAUCGCAGCAUCAGAAACAAAAGUAACAGGUACUCAGAGUUUCCACACAAAAGAAACGGAAAGAAAACCUGAAAUUAUUACAGAAGGCAAAACUUCUUUUCUAGGGACAUUAAGACCAGAAAGAACAAGUCAUUUUUCUACCAAAGCCACAUUGCCAGUUUUGGAACUAUCCUCGUAUUUGCCAACAAUGAAUCAAACCACAACUUUGGACAGAACAAAACUGGGUGUAAGUCAGCCAUCUGUAAUGGUCACCAAUGUCACUUUAACUUCAUUUUCUCCUUUAUUUACUACUUUAUCAACACUAAGGCCAACUGUUAGUCCAGUUCCUUCAGAAACAACAAAAAUAACAAUUCCUUUAGUUGAAGAAGGAAUUAAGACCAUGCUUAUUCCAGCACCUCAAAUGCUUACGCAGUCUACCACCAUAAUCCCUACAAAUCAAAGCAUGCUGUUUUCUACUGUUAAAAAAGGAAUGGUACAAACAUCAAGCAUUACACAUCCACCGCAUUUGUAUUUUUUUCCAUAUUUAUCUACUGUCUCAAAACCUGCCAUAUUUUCUUCCACACACUCUAAAUUAUCUGAUACAAAGUCUCCAACAUCAAUAGAUUCAAAAGAAGUUUUACAAACUGGACUGACAAGUGAGUAUUCACCAUUUAGACAGCCAAGUGUAACAGAGUCUGUAUUAGUUUCAUAUAGUCAUCCACCAUCAUCCCAUGGAACAAGAGCCACACCUUUGUCUACUCAGACGAUCUCCAAAAGGACAACCCCCUUGGAAUUGCAAACACUCACUUCAAUUUCCCUUAAAACAUCUAAAGAAUACAAACCACCUUUGUCCCUGAAAACCACAAAGAUUAGUGUUGUACAAGAUUAUCUUGGUGCUACAGCAAAACCAGAAACAACAAAAACUGAUUUUACACAAGAAAUUACAACCCUGCUUGUCCAAGUUCCAUUGGAAACUAAAAGGACUGAACAUGUUCAAGCAACUGGAUAUCCAUUUACUCUGCAUGCUACAGCAGCUACAGAAAGAGUAGCAGCACUUCUUGGCACUGUGGAGUCAGACAAAACCACUAGUGUACAUACAAGAAAGUCUUCCACCACUUCACUUCCAGUGUCCAUUUCUGCAAGAACAUUGUCAAAGGAAGUCACUAGUUCUAUGCCUUCAUCAGCUGAAGCUCAGGAAACCAUGUCUGCUACUCUGCCUCCGACAACAUCAAGGACUACCUCAUUGUUUUCAUUGUUGCCCAUUACAACAGAGCCACCAAGCACAGUAACCUCAAUAUCAACUCCAGAGUUGACAGAAGCUUUAGGUAGCACCAGUGUUACUUCAUCCCCAUACACUCAACUUAGCGGCCAGUCAUCAGCUGUCAAAGAAUUAGCAUCAACUGAAAGAGUGUCAACCUUCUCUUCUGUUUCUCUUCCUCUAAAAGCACUUGCUGCCACCCAGUACCUGACAAAGACAACCGUUUCCCCAUAUACUUCAACACAAAAAUUACCUGAGACAGCAACCACUGCAGAAGAGCCAGCUGAGAUAGUUAAAUCACCUGUAACUUCUGAGGUGACUUUUUCUGUUCAUACUUCUCCAGUCGAAGGGAUUUCUUCUGUUUUGAAAGAGGAAAUUACUUUUCCAUAUUUUACAGAAGAAAAACAGGGAUCUUCACCAGCUUCGAAAGCUUACUUAACAACAAAAGCUACUACUACAGCUUACCAUGUUCCUGUUGAACCAGGAAGGACUGAUAUUCCUCUCAAAAGUACUUUUAGCACAACUGAGUCAGCAGCCAAACUUGCUGUGCCCUCUCUGUUCCAGAGUUUUUCACUACCAGUUGUUCCUUCUACUGGACUUACUUCUGUAUUUUUGUCAAAAAUUCCUUUAACAAGUGGCAAAGAGGUAACUGAAGCACUGAAAAGUGAUAUAAGUCUUCAUCAGACAACAAUUUUAACAUCAACUGAAAAAGCUACUGACUUUUCUGAUGAUGGAAAACCUCAGUUUUCUACUUCCGAAGCUUCAUCUAUCACAGAAGGGGAAGUAGUAGAGUUUUCUCAUACUGAAAAAUCAAAAACAGACUUACCCACCACAAAGCAAGUAUUGACUACUUCUAAAAUACUCACAUCUAGCACUUCACUUCCUGUAUCAGAGUCAACAUCUCCUCCAUUGUAUACAUUAGGAGCACCAGAAACAUCUGUUGUGAGCCAAACAGACACACUAGAGGGGACAUUUUUAAUGCCAGUAGUAUCAACACCUGUCAUGUCAACCAGUAAAAACAUUACAAGGAUUUCAGUUUUAUCUAAGCAAGUACCACUUUCUACUGUUUCGUAUACUCCAACAUUCCCUGCUAUUAGAGUUACACCAGCUACCCCAUAUUUUACAACUACAAUAGAAUCAGUACCUCUAGGAAUAAGUGGUCUUACAACACAGAGUGUCACAAAAUCAUUAGCAGAGAAAACAGCAGGAAUAAGAGAAUCUAUCACAACAUCCAUAUAUUCAGUGCCUUCUGUUGCUUCAGAAGCAAAGGGUAUCACAUCUGGAGUAGCAGCAACUGGUAGACAAUCAUUGGUUACAAAGCUUCCUAUAUCACCUUCAACCUCCAAACAUUUACUGACUUCCCUCAGUUCUACUCUCCUAGCUACGGUAUCUAAGAGGCCAUCUAUAAUGGAAGUCCCCACAUCCUCCAUUGAUUCUUUACUGAUACCACCAGUACACCCAAAUGCUACAGUAACCAUACCAGUUCCCACCAAUUUAUCUACAAAAUCAGUUCAUGAUUUUGCUACAGCAUAUUCUCCAAGAUUAACUGUGGUUGAAACUGGAGUUACAACAUCUCUUUUCAUGCCAUCUAAAGAAACAGCAACAUUGCCGGCAUGUGUACCAAUCACCGAGAAUGAAUGCAUAAAACACAUUUGCUUAGAUGGACAACUGAUCCAAGUUAACAAAUCACAGAACUGUCCAUACAAUUCAACCAAACCCAGUUGUGGAUUUCUUGGACUUGCUGUUCAGAUUAAUGGAGACAAAUGUUGUCCAAAAUGGGAAUGUGCAUGUCGAUGCACAAUCUUCUCUGAUCUAAGCAUUAUCACUUUUGAUGGACAUCAUCUGUCCUUAUUUAAGGAAGCAUCUUAUGUUGUCAGUCAAACCCAAGAUGAAAUCAUAAGUGUUCAUGUUGCUGAUUGCAGAAACACUCACAGGGGCAUUUUAACGUCUACUAAACUGUGUCCAACGAUGCUGAAUUUAACAUACAUGUCUAAUCAGAUUGUCAUUGAUCGCUUAAACAGAAAGAUAGCUGUCAACUCAAGAAAUGCAUGGCCUACUAUUAGAAAAUAUGGAUUUUUAAUUGAGGAUACUGGCUUCAUGUAUGUGAUUGAAACCCCAACAAGUGUUAGAAUACAGUGGUUUCACUCCACUGGAGUGAUGGUAGUAGAUCUUAAUGGAACCAGCUAUCCAAAGCCAGUGGGACUUUGUGGUUUCUGUGAUGGAAACUCAACCAAUGACCUCAUGCUACCCAACAUGACUGUUCUGAACACUGUGGGUUCUUCAGUUAUCUUUACUGAUACCUGGCAGGUGCCAAACACACUGAAGUAUAUUGGAAAACCAAGAACCUAUGAAACUAACUGUUCAGUCAUGGAUUGUUCACCUUGUUUAAAUAUGUUGUUGAACCAAACAUUCAGCAGCUGCCAUCCUCAUGUUUCUCCAGAUUCUUUUUGUGAUUUGUGGGUCCAAGACACAGAAUAUAUUCAGAAUCCAUGUAUAGCACUGGCUGCUUACGUUGCCAUGUGUAACAAAUUUAAUGUCUGCAUAGAAUGGAGGAGUUCCAGUUACUGCUCCUUUCCAUGUCCAGAUAGUUUCUCCUAUAAGGCUUGUAUAUCGGCCUGUGAUACUCCAAGUACUUGCCAGAGUGUGGACCCAGUACCUCAGGAUACAGACUCUUGCUUAAUAAUGACAGAAGGGUGUGUGUGCACAGAAGGAACAAUCCUCCACCGUCUUCAUUCUGCUGUCUGCGUCCUAGAGGAGAAAUGUGCUUGUACAGACAGCUUUGGAGUGCCCCAUGCAGUGGGCGAGACUUGGAAAACCUCCCCCAGUGGAUGCUGCAUGCACAAAUGUGUUGACAACGAGACCAUUGCUCCUGUGGAAUACAACUGUUCAGUUAGUCAUGACUUCGAAUGCCAGCGCUUUGGGGAAGUGGCCCUUCUUGUUCCAGACAAUCAGUCCUGUUGUCACCAGAAAAUCUGUACUUGUAAUCAGAGCCUGUGUAAAGCAUCUGUUCCUGAAUGCAAAGGUCUGGAAAAAUUGGCAGCCUAUUACCAGGAUGAUUCUUGCUGUCCUAAUUAUAUUUGUGAAUGUGAUCCAGAAAAAUGUGAGUCCAUGGAGGAGAUUCCAAACUGCCGAGCAGAUCAAACCCUGAUUGCUGCCCAUGUAGAAGGCACAUGCUGUGUAUCCUAUAUCUGUGCAUGUGGAAUUUGCUCUGACCAAAUUCCAGAGUGUCAAGAAGGUGAAGUCCUUACCAUAGAUAGCAAUACUACUGACAGAUGUUGUCCUGCUUACCAGUGUGUUUGUGAAACCUAUCGUUGCCCUCAAUUUAAGUGUGUCUUAGGAAUGUCCUUGGUGGAAGUGUGGAGUCCAGAGAAGUGUUGUCCGUAUCGUAGAUGUGAGUGUGCAUGUGACACAAUUCCUAAGCCUCAAUGUAAACUGGGAGAGAAAAUGAUUAUAGAUGAAGAAUUCCAGAACAACACAGAAAAUGUUUGUCACUGCACUAAGUACAAAUGUUCAAGAGACAAAGUGUGUCUGAGCAGUGAGAGAGGUGUUCUUCGUCCAGGACAGUCGAUUGUUGAACACUCUCCUGAUGGUGUUUGCCACACUUCCUACUGCACAAGCGUAAUUGACCCUGUUACCAAGUACUAUCAGUUAAAUAUCUCCACUGUAGAUUGUGCGGCAAGGUGCAAAUCUCACGAAGUGUAUGAACCUCCAAAAGAUUUAACAACCUGUUGUGGAAUGUGUAAGAAUGUCUCCUGUAUCCACACUUUCAACAAUGGAACACUUUCGCAUUUCAAGCCUGGCAGCACUUGGAUUUCAAACUGUGUCAGAUAUGACUGCAAAAACACACCACAUGGACCUGUUCUAAUUACAUCAUCCAUCAGUUGCCCACCAUUCAAUGAAACAGAAUGUGUGAAGGUUGGUGGAUAUAUUGUGCCAUUCCUAGAAGGAUGCUGCAAGACAUGCAAAGAAGAUGGAAAAUUCUGUAAAAAAGUAACUGUUCGGAUGACAAUUCGCAAAAAUGAUUGUCGAAGUAACACACCGGUAAACAUUGUUUCCUGUGAUGGAAAAUGCCCUUCUGCAAGCAUCUAUAAUUAUAACAUUAAUGCCUAUGCAAGAUUCUGUAAAUGCUGCAGGGAACUUGGGCUGCACAAACGCAACGUGCAGCUGUAUUGCAGUGGCAACUCAACCUGGGUCAGCUACACAAUUCAAGAACCCACAGACUGUUCUUGCCAGUGGUCAUGAAACAAAAUUGUAAAAGAAAUCAGUAUGCUCAAAGUCUUUCAAAGGAAGUAAUCAUAUUGCCAGAAUCAUGAUUGUAGGGAAUUUAUGCCUCACCCUUUGCCAAUGUAGUUGUCAACACUUAGAGAGAACAGCAAUAUCGAUUUAAAUAAAAACCAUGAUGUUCUGAGCAGUUCCACUUAACAGGUUAAUUUUCUGCAAUGACAUUUUGAAAACAAAAUCUUACAAGACUAAACUCAUUCUGGGGAUUGGUUAAUGUAAUGUACUUGGCUGCUUACCUAAUACAAAAUGCAGGUAGCCUUCUUGUGACAGCAAUGUAACGCAUGAAGAGGGAACUCAGAGUAAUACUGUGUCAGCAGUAACUAUGACCAGGGAAUUUAAGAAAUUCUCUUUCUCUUGUUCAUGGAAGUUGUUGCUAUAUUAUCUUGUUAAUUCAGUGCUUUGUUUUAUGACAGGAAUUGCUAAAUGUACAAAUGUUGUCAAUUGUAGUAUAUCAAGCACUGUAGAAUCACUUUUUUAAAAAAGGAAAAAGGGCCUAUUCCAGGUCUAGUUGCAAACAAAUAGUUGUAUAUAACUCCUAAUGGUCCCUGAUGCGGAGGUAAAUUCUGCUGGGCAUCAAAAAAUGAAUCCAAGCAGUUCUGUUAGAAGGAAACUGGCAUGUGUUGCCAGAUAUGCAUCAAUAGCUUAUGCGUAUGGAAUUCAGUAGCAUAAAGUGCUCUCUUGCUACUUUCAGCCCUUAAUAUUUUUAUAGCUAGACUUUUAUUACCUCCCCCCCCCUUUCUCACACACAAACAGAGGCACUUGAGGUUAUGCAUGAUUGGGCCCCUCUUGUUAAUUUUAAGAUCUUGCAACAUGUGCCAACUUAAAAAAGAGAAGGAAAUGCUAUUCAAAGAGACUAUGGGACACAAUAACACUGAUUUCUGUGGAAGCCUGAUGAAGUCUGUCGUGACCAUAAUACCACUUUUUAUGGAAAACCAUUUUCAGGUGGCAUAGUAUCUUAAAUAUAUUGCAGUUAGAGUUUAUACAAACUGGGUGCCUGUCACAGUAAAUAGCAAGAAAGGUAUCAGUAUGAAGAAUAUGUAUUGACAAUGAGAGCACAAGGCAAAUGGUGUAAUAUGCAUGUUUAUCAGGGAAAUAUUUUCAUUAUUGAAAACUGUAUAUAGGAACACGUUCCCUGGUAUGAUAUAUGAUCUUAAACAAUAGUCUGUGAUAUUUUUAUGCAAAAACAUAUUUUCUAUGCGAUAUAAAUCUCCUACCUAGGUUACCCAAUUUAAAUACUAGCUGUAUAUAUAUCUUUAAAACAGUACAGCAAACUAAAGAAAUGUAUCAGUUUAAUAAGAGGGGAAAAAGCUUUUUUCCCUGUACUUUAUAUGAAAAUAAUUAGUUUGCCUUUUAAAGCGUAUCGCUUAGGAGAUGUGACACUCACCUAUGUUUUAAUGAGAAUAGCCAGAGUACUUCUCUGUUGGCAUGCUUAGUUUAGGGUGGGUGGGAAUGGCAGGAGUUUAUUUUCUCCCUGAACAGUCACCUCUUGGUACUGCAUUUCAAACUACUACUGAAAAUCAAAAAGAAUUUCAGAAGAAGUUUAUGAUUUCUUACUGGAAGGCAGCAACUUCCAGCAGACAAUGUUGAGUUUUAAAAACUACUAGAAUGCCCAGGCAUUUCCUAUCUCUAAAUAGUAUAUUUUUGUUUAAAAUAGGUACCCUGAAAACUUCAUGGUUUUGAAGGAAACAAGCUACAGUUACUUCAAAGAGAAUACUUUUCUCAAAGCAGUCCAUAUCUAAUACUGUACUAAACACAUGGGCCCAUGGUGAUAUGCAAACCAGGGUCUUAUAGAUAAUGUGUGGAUUUUUGCUAUUUGGAGAAUCUGUAUUGCCAAGCAUUG